ACUAUGCGCCGGAAGUGGGUUAGCAGGGGGAGACGGAGAAGUCGGGGACUCGAGAAGGCUGGUGGCUGGCGUACACUUCAGAGUGAGCAUCUCUGUGGCGUUAGGAGGCAGCGUUUGCCAUGACGGCCCAGGGAGGCCUGGUGGCCAACCGAGGCCGGCGCUUCAAGUGGGCCAUUGAGCUGAGCGGGCCUGGAGGAGGCAGCAGGGGCCGGAGUGAUCGGGGCAGUGGCCAGGGAGACUCACUGUACCCAGUCGGUUACUUGGACAAGCAAGUGCCUGAUACCAGCGUGCAAGAGACAGAUCGGAUCCUGGUGGAGAAGCGCUGCUGGGACAUUGCCCUGGGUCCUCUCAAACAGAUUCCCAUGAACCUCUUCAUCAUGUACAUGGCGGGCAAUACGAUCUCCAUCUUCCCUACUAUGAUGGUGUGUAUGAUGGCCUGGCGACCCAUUCAGGCACUUAUGGCCAUUUCAGCAACUUUCAAGAUGCUAGAAAGUUCAAGCCAGAAGUUUCUUCAGGGUUUGGUCUAUCUCAUUGGGAACCUGAUGGGUUUGGCAUUGGCUGUUUACAAGUGUCAGUCCAUGGGACUGUUGCCAACACAUGCAUCAGAUUGGUUAGCUUUUAUUGAGCCCCCUGAGAGAAUGGAGAUCAGUGGUGGAGGGCUGCUUUUGUGAACUGGGGCAUCUAGUGCCUAUGUAUUUGGGUCUCAUUUAUAUCCUUUAUGCCCAGUGGCUCCUCAGCAUACUCUUAAUGUGUAACACAUAUUGGAAAGAACCAAAAAGCUCUUCGUGGUAGACAGAGUAUCCUUGUAGACAAGGAAAAUGUGCAUAUUACUACAAACACAAAAAAACUAUAUCACAACCUCUGACUGAAAAUAAUGUAGAAAACUUUAUUUAUGAUUCCAGUACAGAGCAAAACAACAAAUAAACCAUAACUCUAUGUAAACAAAAGAAUGGUUGCUGCUAAAUCAAAAACCAUAGCAGCAUCUUUCAAUAAAUUAAAUGGUUGAGAAUAAUGCUUUAAAAAAGUUACACAAUUUUCCCUUAAAUCUAUUUUAAUAUUUCACUUCUAUUUAACAUAAGCUAGGACAGUAAAAUUCUGGUGGAGACUUGUGGAAGAAACUAAAGAUGGAUUCAGAUUAUACAUGAUGAAAAAAAUAAACCAGACUAGAAGAGCACAUAAA